GAAACGUGAUUUAGUGGUUGAAGUGGUUGAACAAACCGUUCAAUUCGAACACUGAACCAUAUCUAGUCUCGGUUCGGGUGCCGGCAGAAAGGUAUGGUGUUCCUGGAACCAUUUCAGCUGUCAAUUCCUUAUUUUUCUGUUAUAUGUUUGCAGUUGAAGCCACAGUCGACCUUUUUCGCAAUCACUCUUGUCUUUACUAUAAAUUGGGGAUAAUGUCAAUUCUUAAACUGGACUGCCAGGACUUCAUCCUAGAAGCAACAUGCCAGAACCAAAAUCGAAACAAAGAAAGGUGGAAAACAAGCCAAAGAAAAAAAUUCUUAUCAAUGCCUUUGAUAUGGGAUGUCCAGGUCUUCAAUGCCCAGGUCUUUGGAAACACCCAAAGGACAAGUCGAGAAACUAUAAUACAAUUGAGUACUGGACCAAUCUUGCUAAAACUUUGGAAAGAGGCAAGUUCAAUGCUCUUUUCAUUGCAGAUGUUUUGGGUGGUUACGACGUUUUUAACGGUCCUCAGAACUUAACUGCGGCUGCUAAAUCUGGAGCUCAAUGGCCAAUCAAUGAACCAAGUGCUGUUGUGUCUGCAAUGGCUGCUGUUACCAAGAACCUAUCAUUCGCGAUUACUUUCAGUACCAUUAGUGAAGCACCUUACCAUUUUGCCAGAAGACUAGCCACUCUAGACCACUUGACAAAUGGUCGAGUUGGAUGGAAUGUCGUUUCUUCUUACUUGGAUAGUGCUGCAAGAAAUUUAUUGAAUAACCAACCACUCCCACCGCAUACAGAAAGAUAUGAGAGAGCCCAGGAAUAUAUAGAGAUCAUAUAUGACUUGUUCUUAUCUUCUUGGAGUGAUGAUGCUAUUAAAGUUGAUCCGAAAACGGGUGUUUUUGCUGAUGCAGAAAGAAUUAGACAAAUAAACUACGAAGGAAAGCACUUCAACGUGCCAGGACCUUCCAUUACUGAACCAACUCCGCAAAGAUUACCGGUAAUCUUGCAAGCAGGUACUUCAAAGCAAGGUACUGAAUUUGCUGCUAGAAAUGCUGAAGCUGUUUUUGUUAAUGAUGCAACUCCUGAAGGAUUGGGAAUCAAAAUCAAGGGUUUCAAGGAUUUGAUCAAACAACAGGGAAGAAGUGAUAAAGAUGUGAAAUUUUUACAACUAAUCACUGUUGUUCUUGGUGACACUCAUGAAGAAGCAAUAGAGAAAUUACAAGAAUAUAAGAGCUAUAGCGAUUUAGAUGGUGCUCAAGCACUAUUCGGUGGUUGGACUGGUAUUGAUAUAGGCCAAUAUGGAUGGGAUCAAGAAUUAAAACAUGUAGAAAGUAAUGCAGUUCGAGGGUUCGUGGAAAAAUGGACAAAGGUCCUUCCAGGUGAAUCAGGAGACAUUAAGAAGACUAGAGAGUUUGUUGCUAAUCAAAUAUCGAUUGGUGGAUUUGGUUCUGUUUUUUAUGGGACUCCCAAAGAGGUUGCUGACGAAAUAGAAAGAUGGGUCGAUAUUUCUGAUCUCGAUGGUUUUAAUAUAACAUACACCAUUACCCCUGGAGCUUUCGAAGAAGUUGUUGAUAAGUUGAUUCCCGAACUAAGAAGCCGUGGUUUAGUCUGGGAUGAUUACCCAAAAGACGGUAUCACUUUUAGAGAGCAAAUAUUUGGAACAGAAGGCGAAGAUCCAACAUAUUUACGCUCAACCCAUCCAGCUUAUGAGCUCAGAUGGAAGGCUGGGGAAUCGAAGGAAGAACUCGAGGAACGAAUUCAAAGGAUUAAGCAAGAAAGAUUCAAUAUAGAAAUCUAAUUUGCGACACAAUUCUAUAUAGUUAUAUUUAG